AUGAACAAGACGGCGAGAGAACUCGUGAGCGGGCAGCAGGUGGAGUGGGUCCGCCCCGACGACCUCGUGGACCAGGCCUUCCAGAAGAUGGCCAAGCACGACCUCACCGCGCUGCCCGUCGUCGAGCCCUCUACCGGAACCGCGCCGGGCGCCAUUAAGGGAUUUGUUGACGUUGUAGACCUGGUGGCGUUCUUGGCCAACGUGGGCACUCGCAUCAUGACCAACCCGUAUGGUGCGGGAGAGUCGCGCAGUAUCGCCACCGACGACGUGGCCAUCCUCCACAGGCGCUCCAAGGAGUUCAGGAUCACCAACACGGUUGAGAUCAGUGACUACUGCAAGCGCAAUCCGCUGCACAAAGUGAACCAGAACAUGAGCACCAAAGACCUCAUCAAUUUCUUCGGCAAGUCCAACGAAUACAUCCACCGCGUUGCCGUUGUGGACGAUAACCACAACCUGAUCGGGGUGCUUACCCAGUCGAUGCUCCUCCGCUGCAUCCAUGGCGAUCUCUCUCAGAUGCGCGAGAUCAACGACCUCAAGGCCGGAUCGCUCCGCAUGACCGAAGUGAACAAGCUGGCCACGGUGCCUGCGGACAUGGUCGCUUUCGAUGCCUUCAUGACGAUGCAUAAGGAGGGCUUGUCCUCACUGGCCGUCGUUUCCGGCAACGGUGAGAUCUUCGAGAACAUUUCCGCGACUGACCUCAAGGGAGCCCUUACCGAUUUCAAGCGCUUGCUGCUGUCGGUGCGGGACUACCUCGCCGUCACUCGCGCAGUUGUCAUUGGCAAGAAGAGGGCCGAAGGGCUGGUGUACUGCGAAAGGGAAAAGUCUUUGGUGGAGGUGAUGAACCGGAUCAACGAGACCAGGGUGCACCGCCUCUACGUGGUCGACGAGCAAAGGAAGCCCGUAGGCGUGGUCUCCCUCACCGACAUCUGCCAUAGCCUGCAGCGUGUGAUUGCUUAG